UCAUACAAAGAAGGGCCGUAUCCAUUAGUCAGCUGUCACGCCUGUUGCACUGUGGUCAUACGGUCAUACCCUUAACACCUGCACAUAACAGCUCUGACCUGACUUACGAAAAUUCACUCGUAAAUCAAAACUCACAUAUGGAUCUUCGACCUUCUUCACGCCCCACACAGUAACAACCCUCAGUUACUGUUUGCCGUGUCUCUGCAGUACCUAACAUAACGAUAAAUAAGUUCCAAGAGGCAUAUAAAGGAUGGGAGGAGCAGAAGAGGAGCCACGUUCCCUCUCGUGCAUCCAGAGGGUCAGUUACGUGGUGGUGAAUUCCCUGGAGAGCUUCUUCUACUGGUAUGGACGCACCGUGGCCUCACACCCCAGCCGCUUCAUCGCCUUCUGCACCCUCCUCACAGGCUUGAGCUGCCUCGGGUUCCUCAACUUCGAGAUCGAGAACCGCUCCGAGAGGCUAUGGAUUCCCCAGGACUCCGAUUACGUGAAGACUCUGGACUGGCAGCGAGAGAACUUCCCGCAGGACCAACGUAUCGAAAUGAUCAUGUAUUCUGCGGAGAACGUGCUCACUGCUGACUAUAUAAGGGAGAUGUACCGGAUACACGAAGAACUGACCUCCAUAGAAAUUACGAACAGCAAAGGUCAGCACUUCACCCAGAAUGACCUCUGCGUCAGAGUGCCAGCGCUGGGGGGCAAGCAGAGGGAGUCCAUGCUGCAGCUGAAGGCCAUGCUCUUCCCUGAACGAGGCCUGGACAUGGAGGUGGACUGGUCGCUCAUGGUGGACAAGAACAUUUAUUACCAGUUCUACAAGAUCAUGCCCACCGCCUGCCUCGAGAUGAGUAUCCUGGAGAUGUGGGGCUACAACGCCACUCUCUUCGCCGGCCUGACUGACGAGGAUGUGGUCAACGCCAUCAACACCGUCACCAUGAGCGCCACGUACUCGUACCCUAUGAACUUCACGAACUUCCUCGGGGGCGUGGUUCGGAACGCUUCGGGUCACGUGGUGGCGGCGCGCACGGCCCUCGCGCAGGUGGUGAUGCAGGUGGCCCGCUCACGCCUCGAUUCUGGGGACGCGCAGAACCACGCUGGCCUGGCCGAGGAGGUGGACCCCGAGCUGCUGGCCUGGGAGGGGGAGUACAUCAAGACCAUGCAGAACAUUGUGGUCGCCAGUGGCCUAGAGGUGUUUUUCCAGUCCCAGAGGAGCUUUGGUGAAAUUAGUUCCAACACCAUCUUCGGGGAUGUGUUCUUCCUCGCUUGUGGGAAUGCCAUCCUCUUCAUCUAUGUGCAGCUCAUGCUCGGGAAGUUCAACAUGGUGGAGACCAGGCCUGUCCUGUCUCUGCUAGGGAUGCUCACCACCUACAUGGCAGUCACCAUGGCCUUCGGGCUGUGCUCUGCCAUGGGCCUCCUCUACGGGCCGGUCCACAAUAUUCUUCCCCUGCUCAUGAUUGGCCUCGGAGUGGACGACAUGUUUGUCAUCGUCCAGUGCUGGCAGAACCUGGACCAUCAGGAGCAACAGCUGGAGCUGCGGCAGAGGAUGGGGCAGGCCCUGCGGCACGCUGGUGUGGCCAUCACCGUGACGUCCAUGACAGACUGUGCAGCAUUCCUCAUUGGCUCCACUACUGUGUUGCCGGCACUCAGGUCCUUCUGUAUCUAUGCAGCCGUCGGGGUGCUGACCCUGUACGCCUUCCAGGCCACCUUCUUCGUGGCGUGGUUCACCUAUGACCAGCAGCGACUGGAAGAUAAACGUAAUGGCUUGUUCUGGUGCUACAAACACAAGGACUGGACGCCCAACAAGUGUUCUCAGGUAGAUCUUGCCACCCUCUUCUUCGACAAGGUGUACUCCAAGGUGCUGCUGCUCAGGCCCACCAAGGUCCUGGUGUUCCUGGUGACGGCCGUGCUGCUUGGUGUCAGCAUCAUGGCCAUGAUGAAUCUGGAGCAAUCCUUCAACCCAAUUCUCUUCAUUCCCCACUCAUCAUACCUCUUCCAGUUCCUGUCAAACCUCAUGUACUUCUACCCUCAAGCAGGAGAGCGAGGCACCGUGUAUUUUGGAGCCCUCAACUACUCACAAGAGCUGCACAAGAUCGGCGAGCUGGGGCAGGCCAUGGAGAGGAGCGAGGGCGUUGCGUCAGUGACUUCGUGGUAUGAUCUGAUGGCUGAUUACACCUGGAAGGACACAGGAGAGGACAUCAGAGGAAAGGAGCUGAACGCAACCUUCUUCAGUGAGAUCCUGUCCUCCUUCCUGUUCUCUCCGGCCGGCACUCGCUUCCAGACCUACUUCCACUUUGCCGGGAACCUGACCCUGGCACAACCCGCACCCAGCGUCACAGCCUGCAAGUUUGACUAUCAGCAUGAAACACUAGAAGGCAGGGAUGAGCAGAUCGCAGCCAUGGACAGAGUGAAGGAUCUCGUCAGGGAGGGGCACUUCUCAGAUGUGGCGGCAGCAACAGCUUUCAAGUAUUGCAGCUGGGAGACCAACAAGGUGAUCAUGGAGGAGCUGGUGCGGAACCUUUGCCUGGCCAUGGGCGCUGUGUUCAUCAUGACCCUCCUCCUCCUGGCUAACCUGGUGGCCUCCUGCUUUGUGCUGAUCUCCGUCACCUUCACUCUGAUCAAUGUGAUGGCCCUGAUGACCUGGUUCGGCCUGACCAUCGACAUAAUCACCUGCAUCAACCUGGUUCUCAGCAUUGGUCUCUGUGUCGACUAUUCCGCUCACAUUGCCCUCCACUUCAUGCAAGUCAAGGGGUCGAGGGACGAGAGGGCCAAGUGUGCGCUGAGAGAGAUGGGUCCACCAGUCAUCAAUGGGGCCUUCUCGACCUUCCUCUCCUUUGUCCUCCUCGCCAACUCGGAUUCCCACGUGUUCCUCUCCUUUUUCCAGAUCUUCUUCGGUGUGUUCAUCUACGGAGUGUUCCACGGGCUGGUGUUCCUGCCAGUGCUGCUCAGUGUGCUGGGCCCAGCGCCGUACCUCAAGCCACACCACCUGCCGGGGACGGACCAGGACGAAGGCCACCAGGGCUCCCUCAAGAGUUGGCUCAGACCAAAACCCCUGAGGCAAAGAGAAGGCAGAUAGGGACACUUUGAUUCCUAUAUAUUCUUUUUUGUAUAUUGAUUAGUAAGUUUAUGGUACCUUUAUAAUCAUAUUAGUAAGUGUUCAUGGUGUAAGUUAUGUAUACAAGGGUGCACAUCGUAAAGAACUCCAAAAGAGAGUUAAGUGUGUCUUCAGUAAUGCAGCACUGAUUUUGAUUAUUAACAAAACUGAAUACAAUAAGAAUAGGCAUCAUUAACUUUGACAUGAAAUGAGACAUGGAGUCAUCGUCAUCAUUAUCACCAUCAUCAUCACCCAUCAUGUAUUUGCCCCACAUGUGACUUAUUUGUAUUGUCACCCUUCACACACCAGCUCACUCCUCAUACUUUACAGAUCGAUGCUUCUAAACAUGUUCAUUGUCACUCCUGAGCCAUCAUAUUUUUUUGUGCUCAUGCCACAAAAUUUUGCUCUUAUUUACUCAAGAUUCCUUUGUGACCUUGUGCUGCCUACUUGUCUGGUUCACUAUCAGGUUUUUUUCUUCCAGCUCCUCUUCUGCCUUGUGUUACUCUCUCCCACUCAUGGGAAUAUCUACAUCUCUUACCAAUCAUGGCAAAUGGGUGUUUGAAUUUCACCUGUUUACUGCUAUACUCUUUACUACUUUAUUUUCAAAGCUUUUUGAUCCACACAUUCACAGCACACUAUUUUCACCUCAUCUAUCCAUCCAUGUUGAUGUUAAGCACCCGAGGGGACACAUUCCUGCCCGAGCAAACCACCGCCAGCCAUGAAGACAUUCAUCUACAUGUACAUAAACUUUAGUAGACCAUUUCUCCACCACAGAAAUGCUUCACUGCCAUCAGAAACAUUUAAACCAUCACUAAACAAUCCAAGACUUCUGCAGCUUCAGACAUGCAGCAACACUUACUUCAUAAGGCUGUUUUUUCACCUAAUGGUUACAUGAAAAUCUACUACUUUCCAGUGUACUCCACCCAGCUUUACAUUUAUCCCGGGAGCACCCACCCACAUCUGGUUCAUAUUGAGACUUUAAGUACUCAUUUUUUAUACAAGCUUCCUAGCCUUUGAGUGAAGGUUAUCUACUUUGAGGCUAGUGAAGCAAUAAUGCCAAACUAUUAAGAAAAUUGUAUGGGAAAACUCUUGGCAAGUGUUCUUUUUGAAAUGCCCUUUGUUACUUGAAGGUUUGGUUGUGGUUCCACUGUUCCCAUUGUUAAGUUAUGGUUUCAUAGUUUUGAGGUGUGUGAUCCAAGACGUGUGAAAUGCUGCAAGUGUUCUCCCUUGCCUAAAAUGCACUCUAGUAAGUCAGGAGCCCGAGUUUUAUCGGGUAGAGUGGCAUGUUGAGGAAUUAUGUAAACUUGAAGAUUCAGAUCCUUCGUCUCUAAGUUCUCAUCAUCUACCUGAAAGUGUUUGAGGUUCAAGUAAGUAAAAAUCUUAAAAUUGCAUAAUAUCUUUAAUAAUGAGUAACAAAUAUAUAAAAAUAAUUACUUGACAAUGCACGAUUAUGUAUUGUAUAUCCCCGUCACCAGUAUUAUGCAUACUCUCAUUUCCCUCUGUGUCCUGACUGUUACUCCACAGCCAAGGAGACAAACACAACAGUCCUUAGACGCACCAAACACAGAUUGGUGGAAGAGGAAUGUCCAGGGGAGGAAAAUAUUCUAACAUGGGAAAAUAAAUAUUUGAAUUGUCCAACAGAAAACAGACAUAAUAGCUGCACUAUGAAACCAUAAAGGACAGACAGGAACACUCAUGAAUAUCAUUACAUCACAGAUAUUUUCUUCGAGAUAGAAGAAGAGAUUUAAGUCAAUAUUAAAAGUACAUUACUUAAUGAGAUUACAUUAUUGUUUGUGCAUUUAAGAUUCAAAUUACCUAAAAAAAAAUGUAACUUAUGAAUAAACUGUGUACAACUGGAA